AUGGCGGCGCUGUGGGCGCUGACAGGCAGCAUGGACGCGCGCCCUGACUCCCGCCAAGGCCUGCGCAUGGCCGAUGUCGUUCACCGCAGCGGACAGGGAGAAGGGAGUGAGGGGGGCGCGGGGGAAGGGGGAACCGAAGGGAAGGGGCGUGGGAGGCGGAGGAGGGGGGAGGGCGGUGGAGGAGGGGUGGCGCGCGUGCGGGUGGAGGGGAGGGUGAAUGGCAAGGCGUUUGUGAUUGAGAGGGAGGCGUCCAGCCGACGCUCGGCGUUGCGGUUUGAGGUGGAGGGGCAGGACCAGACGUGCCAGGAGAUUCGACUCACGCAGGACCGGAUUGACGCCCUCAUGGACACAUCUCUCCUCUCACGCACAGUCUUCUUCGGUCAGCACUCCACCGCUGCGCUGCUUGAAGCCAACGACGCCGACUUCAAGGCACCCGCACCUCCUUCUCCUUUCUCACCUCCAUUUCCUUCACUCCCCUCAUCUCCAAUUUCCACUGCGUUAUUUUCUCCUCCUCUUGUCUCUUUUCCCUCCCUCCCUUGUGUGCUUCCUUGUCUCCACGUUCUCCUCGCGGAGCUGAGUGGGGUGGUGGGCAUGGACGUGUGGGGGGCGGCCAGGGCGCGCAGCAAGGAGGCGGUGAAGGUGCUGCAGGCGCGCGUGGGGGAGAUGAGAGGCGGACUGCUGGCACGCAGGGAGGCCGUCAAGAAGCUGGAGCGCAUGGUGGGUGCAGGCGGGGCGGGGAGAGGGGGGGUGGAAGAAGCAGAGGGUGCCUUCAACACCUGGGAAGAGAACAGGGCGGUGCGGCAGCAGCGGGUGGGGCAGCAGCAGCAGGGGGCGGAGCAGCAGCUGGCGUCAGCCUGCCAGCGCCUAGCAUCCCUCGUUGCCCCGCGCCUGCAAGCCGCCGUGGCCCUCUCGCACUCCCACGCCCUCGCCCUGCACUCCUCCGUGCUCGCCUCCCUCUCUGGUGGGGAGGGGGAGGGGGAGAGAGGCACAAGGAUGGGGGGAGUGGGUGGAGGCAGGGCGGGGAGGGGAGAGGAGGAGGAGGGGAUGGAGGAGAGGGAGCGGGCAUUGAUGACUGGGAUUGCAUCCCUGCAGGGCGAGGUGGGUGCGAGGGAGGAGGGAGUGGGUCUGUCAGCGGUGACUGCAGGGCUGAGAGAGCAGCAGCAGCGGCUGGGGGAGUUUGAGGCGCAUGUUGGGGGAGCGGUGGGGGGAGGGGAGGUGCUGGUGUGUGACAGGUGUCAGCAGCCCAUUGAUCCGUUGCAUGCGGAGGAGUGCAGCAGGCAGCUGCGGGCGGAGGUGGAGGAGACGCAGCGACAGCUGGCAGGCAAGCAGCAGGCACAGGAGGAGCUGCGGGGAGAGCUGGGGGGCGUGAGGGGGUGGCUGGAGGCGCGGCGGAGGGAGAGGCGGGAGAGCGAGGAGAGGGAUGUGCAGGCCAGGAGGCAGCAGCAGCAAGCAGCCAUGGCACAGCAGGAGGAGGUGUGUGCUGGGUGGAUUGGGGUGUUCCUCUCUAGCAAUAGCACCACAUGCACCACGAGUCAUGAGUUGUGA